GCAAUUGUUUACAUUUUUUCCUACACAACAACGUGCUUGUCUUAAUACUCCAAGAAUUUUUUAAUUUUUAUUGAAUUUUUGCAAUUAAUUAAAUAAAAAUGAAAUUAAGCACCUAUAAUUUUCUCACCUCCAAAGCUAUUAAAGGGGUAAAAGUAGGAUAUCCCUUAAAAUUAACCAUUUCCAAAAAGGAUGUUAUUGAGGCAGAAUUUAAUCCUACCUUCAUCGAAAGACUUUUACCCAAAUUAGAUUGGCCUACUGUACAUUUGGCGGCUCAAAUGGUGGAACUGGGUGAUGAUAUACCGGCCGAACAACCUGCCAAUAUUGCUGAGAAUGAAGAACUAUUGCAAAAACUACACCAUCUUUUAUUAGAAGUAGAUGUUUUGGAGGGUCAACUAGAAUGUCCAGAAACCGGCCGUGUAUUCCCAAUUACCGAUGGCAUACCUAAUAUGUUGUUGAAUGAAGAUGAAGUUUAAAUCAAUUUGCUUUCUUAUCUCUCCUUUUUAUGUACAUUUUUACAUAUUUGCGAGUAAUUAGUUUUAUUUGUAUGUACUAGUAGAGCUUCUUGUUAAUUUAAGUUUAUAAAUAAUAUAAAAUCAUCAGAAAACCAA